CCGAGGCUCCACGGCAGACCUACAAGGCUGCGCAAACAAAUCCAGGGAUGAGAUUCUGCUGUUUCUUUGUCUAGGGUUCUCAGAUGCUAUCUGCUGUUGCUCUUUAGUGGGAAAGAGCGCAAGGCUCAAAGCGGCUACUAAACAGAACGGUGGGAGCUGAUGGCUCCGAGUUUGGAGAGAGGUAGAAACUCUCCAGUGCCACUUCCGACUUUAAGCCUUCCUGUUGCAAUCCACUGUGGCGGGUUUCUUUCUGGGCAAAGCAUUUUCGCACAGUCUCUGGGCUGCCGGAGCCUGCAGCAGCGGCCAGGCGGCAGUCCCCGCGGCCGGGCUUGCCCCUCCAGAGGCGCUCCGCUUCCAGAAGCGCUGGGCUCCACUGAGAGCACCUAAAAGCCCUCCCUUGUCCUGGUCCAGGAACAAAACUAUGUCAGGAAUGGAGGUUUGCUAAAGCAGAAAAUUCGAAGGAGCGCAUUAAACUGGUGGAUGCAGCAGAUGUAAGCGCUGUGCAAACAUCUCAAACCAGUUCAGAUGUUACUGUUUCCUCAAGUUGCAGGUCUAUGGACAUGCAGGAUCUAACCAGCCCGCAUAGCCGUCUGAGUGGUAGUAGUGAAUCCCCCAGUGGUCCCAAACUCGAGAACUCUCAUAUAAAUAGUAAUUCCAUGACUCCCAAUGGCACCGAAGUUAAAACAGAGCCAAUGAGCAGCAGUGAAAUAGUUUCAACAACAGCAGACGGGUCUUUAGACAAUUUCUCAGGUUCAGCGGUGGGGAGCAGUAGCUUCAGCCCAAGACCAACUCACCAAUUCUCUCCUCCACAGAUUUAUCCUUCCAACAGACCAUACCCACAUAUUCUCCCUACCCCUUCCUCACAAACUAUGGCUGCAUAUGGGCAAACACAGUUUACCACAGGAAUGCAACAAGCUACAGCAUAUGCCACAUACCCACAGCCUGGACAGCCGUAUGGAAUUUCUUCAUAUGGUGCAUUGUGGGCAGGCAUCAAGACCGAAGGUGGAUUGUCACAGUCUCAGACAACUGGACAGACAGGAUUUCUCAGCUAUGGCACAAGCUUUGCUACCCCUCAACCUGGACAGGCACCCUACAGCUACCAGAUGCAAGGUAGCAGUUUUACAACAUCAUCAGGAUUAUAUACAGGAAAUAAUUCUCUCACAAAUUCUUCUGGAUUUAACAGUUCACAGCAGGACUAUCCAUCUUAUCCCAGCUUUGGCCAGGGGCAAUACGCACAGUAUUAUAACAGCUCACCAUAUCCAGCACAUUAUAUGACAAACAGCAAUACCAGCCCAACCACACCAUCCACCAAUGCCACUUACCAGCUUCAAGAACCACCAUCUGGCAUCACGAGCCAAGCAGUUACAGAUCCCACAGCAGAGUACAGUACAAUCCACAGUCCAUCAACACCCAUUAAAGAUUCAGAUUCUGAUCGAUUGCGUCGAAGUUCAGAUGGGAAAUCACGUGGACGGGGCCGGAGAAACAAUAAUCCUUCACCUCCACCAGAUUCUGAUCUUGAGAGAGUGUUCAUAUGGGACUUGGACGAGACAAUCAUUGUUUUCCAUUCCUUGCUCACUGGGUCCUACGCCAACAGAUAUGGGAGGGAUCCACCUACUUCAGUUUCCCUUGGACUUAGAAUGGAAGAAAUGAUUUUCAACUUGGCAGACACACAUCUGUUUUUUAACGACUUAGAAGAAUGUGACCAAGUUCAUAUAGAUGAUGUCUCUUCAGAUGAUAAUGGGCAAGACUUAAGCACGUAUAACUUUGGAACAGAUGGCUUUCCUGCUGCAGCAACCAGCGCUAAUUUAUGCCUGGCGACCGGUGUGCGAGGAGGUGUAGACUGGAUGAGAAAGUUGGCCUUCCGCUAUAGACGAGUAAAAGAGAUCUACAAUACCUACAAAAAUAAUGUUGGAGGUCUGCUUGGUCCAGCUAAAAGGGAAGCCUGGUUGCAGUUGAGGGCUGAGAUUGAAGCCCUGACAGACUCCUGGUUGACCCUGGCCUUGAAAGCACUUACUCUCAUUCACUCCAGGACAAACUGUGUGAAUAUUUUAGUAACAACUACUCAGCUCAUCCCAGCAUUGGCAAAAGUCCUGCUGUAUGGAUUAGGAAUUGUAUUUCCAAUUGAAAACAUUUACAGUGCAACUAAAAUAGGGAAGGAAAGCUGCUUUGAGAGAAUAAUUCAAAGGUUUGGAAGAAAAGUGGUAUAUGUUGUUAUAGGAGACGGUGUGGAAGAAGAACAAGGUGCAAAAAAGCAUGCCAUGCCCUUCUGGAGGAUCUCCAGCCACUCAGACCUCAUGGCUCUCCAUCACGCCUUGGAACUGGAGUACCUGUAACAGCCACAUAGCACUUUGAAACAACACAACUGCCCUCUGACCAGGGACACACCCAGCAGGCCUGAAAUCCACGUCAGCGCUGGACUACAAAACUUAGUGAUUUCAGCAUAUUGACACACAGCUGCUGUGGGUCUUCACCUCUGCCCUUGUGGUAAAGGAAGGGCCACAGCUACUUCUUAUGAACAGCUGUUGACUCUAGUACUGUGAAUUCAGUGAAAACAAGCCAUGAGAAUGUUUUUGCAAAGUCCAAUGUGCUUUGCCACAUCAACUACAUGGUUCAAACCUGUGAAGAAAGGACCUGCAGACGCUUAAGUUUUUAGCAUCUUCAAUGUGACAUAAACAGCUUCUCCAAUACAGCAAACUUGAUUGCACAACAAAGACUGAAAUGUGUUUCUUGAAUACCGGUGGGGAAAUUUUCUUGUAAAGAAGGUUUACUUAAUGAUGUCUCAUGCCCAGGGUAAUCUGUACAUCUCUACUUAUUUAUGAACAGAGUUUGUUUUUUUUUAAGGCUUUAUUGAGGUAUAACUCACAAAGUGUACAAUUCAUUCUAACAGACUUUUUGGACAUCAAAUAAUUAAAGAGACAAAGCAAAUGAAACAAGCGAUUAAAGGCCUUUGCCUCACGACACAGCAAGUACUUUGAAUUUUAGCACAUUGCAAAUUAGUUUAAAGUAUGUCUAAUUUAAACGUAUGCUAUGUACAUCACUGAGACAAUCAUGUACAGAAAGAAUUUUUGGUGUAAAUUUGUAAUAAUGGAUGAUUCUUUUACAUAUUGUUUAGGGAAAUGAUAUUGAAAGGUAGUGAUGCCUUGAUAGUGAAGUAUGAGGCAAUAUAUGCACAAUCCUCUGUGCAGUGCCUUACCGAAGUACUGGGUAUAAAUAUGUAGAUAAUGAUUUAUUUUUUAGAUAAUGUUGUUAAGACCAAAAGCAUGGAUGUCAAGUGUCAAUAGAUCUCCCCCCCCCCCCCCGCCAUUGGUUCUUUUUGUGCUAUUAGGAGGGCUUUGGUAAAGUAACACAGCAAUGUCUUAAAUAAUUUAAAAGAGAGUCCUCUUACAACUUUACUUUUUUAUUUUCAAUACUAAUGUAUCAUAUGUAACUACUUGGAAAGAUGAUUAUUCAAAUGCUCCUUCUCACAGGAAGAAUGUAGAUGAUAGAUAUAUUUUAUUAAUAAAAUGAUUCAUUCAUUGGAGACUAGUCAAGCAGAGUUUUCGUGUGCUCAGAUCAUAGUGUGUACAUUUUCUUGUUUAGGUAAAGGAGGACAUAUCUGGAAAUCAGGAAAACUUUUGAUUACUUCCUGCAGUCAUGCUGUCUUUAUUGCCACACCUGCUCCCACCCUCCUAAGAAAGUUCAUUGCCAACAGUGGACAUAGCCUGGAAAGAAUGUUACUUACUCUACAUCUACAUUCUGCAUUACAUGGCAAGCAUAAAUCUAGGGGGAAAAUGUUACCUUUGUAACACAUGAAACUUUCUUCCAAAGUGAUCACUUUGCACAUAAUUGUGUUGUCAUCUAAAGCCUUCCAUUUUCAUGAAAUUGAUCUCUGGAUGAAUUUUAUUUAAAUACUAUAUUGGGGGUGGGGGGAAACACCAGCUUUGACCCAGAGUAGCUAAAAAAAAAAAAAACUACUUUGCCUUUUUCUGAAGUUUCAUAUUGCUGCUAGUUGUAGUCAGUCAUGAAUUCUCCAAAUUGUUUAAAUUAAUGAUUGAGUUACUAUAUAUAUAUAUUUUUUUUUUGCUUGAAGCAAAAAGAAAGUGAUAAUUUUUUAGCCUUUCUUUUUAUGUUUUGUAUUCUGUAGAUUGGAAAUACAAAGUUUAUCUUGGCCUUACUGUAUAAAAAGUGUGUUGUGUCCACAAAUGUGUACAGAAUUUUUCUUCAUUAAUUUUGUGUUUAAAUUAAUAAAAUUGAUUUGUGAAGUACUGCAA